UCUGCUUGCCUGCCGAUUACAAUGACUCUGCUGCAGACCUAGUCAUCUACCGUAUCCAUCCAUCAACGAAAAGCCCAGCAUGGUCCCAGGUCCGUCGACAGGCUGCUGAUAUCCCGAAGGGAAUCACCAUAGAUUCAGUAAAGCUGCAUCGAUCAUUACUCGUAACACCUUGCAGAGAUAUCGAACUUACUUUUCCGUGGUAUGAUCGUAUGCCUUCCCUUCCAUCCCGAGCUGUCUGAUCACAGCAGCCUCAGGUUGGGACUUUGGUUUCGGUUGCUGCGUACGAGACGCGUAGGUCGACCCCGGCACGAGUUCUUUAUGCACGAGAGACUGGACAGUAGGUCCGUGCGAGACCGACACGGUUGAAACUCGCCAUCGUAGGACCGGCAGAAAGUUGUUGAGAAAAGACGGAAAGUGGCGAUGACAGUUUCGGUGUUGGGUACAUUAGCCUUUAGAACUCGUAGCUGAGGUACCUCCUCUCUCUCCCUCUCUCUCUCUCUCUCUCUCUUGGGCCGCUUUGUCAUGAGAGAAGUGUCAACGAACUUCUAGAUGGAGCAAAUUGGAGUCAGUGGAAUGAAUCCUCGCACCUGGUGCUGCAGCAACCAUAUCCAGCUGAGCUUUUAGAGCGGAGUUCGAAGCACGCUCCUCCACGGCUUGUGGCCCGGCAGUGCACUUGCGCUUUCGGUCCUUCAAUGCUGGAACUAACUGCGCAACGUACGCCUUGCGUCUGCUGCUGUUGCAGAGUGCAAGCUCCUCCCUUUUGCCCUGCGUACGCUUUGCCAUGAGCUCGCAGACGACUGCAGAAUUCUAUCUAAUUCAGCUGACUUGUAUCCCAAAAUCAGUUUCGGUGCAACCUUUUUGUGCGUUGUGGCAGAUUAGAACAAUUUCCUCGCACCAGCCCUUUGUCAGACGGAAAUUCUUUUGUACUUCUCUCUGUGUUCUCUGCUCACAAUCAUGACUCCACUGUCAGGGUGUUGAACUCCCUCCCUACAACACCCACACACCUUUGUCAUCAAAUAUCUGCGAAAUAUCUAUUAAUGAUUUCUUUAAAAUAAAGUUGCCUCGAGAGAAUUUGC